AUGGAGCCCGAGUCUGCAAACCGCGUGACAGCCGCUGCAGCGCCAAACACGUUUGAAGUUUCCCCUGGCGUGGCGGAAUUCAACAUGCCCAUUUCAGAGUACAUGAGGCUCAAUCCCUCCAUCUCGCGGCUAGCCGUCGGCGCCAUGAUCUUCAGUGGCAAUCACAUCAUGCUCAUCCAGCGAGCAAGCCACGACUUUGCCCCCUUGAUGUGGGAAGUCCCCGGCGGCGCCUGCGAGGCCAAUAAGGACGCGACCAUUCUCCAUUCCGUGUCAAGGGAGCUGUGGGAAGAGACGGGGCUUCGUCUGCGCAGUGUCAAAAAGCACGUGGACAAUGUGGAGUUUGACGAUGGCAGGCAGCACGCCUUGACGUGGCGCAAAAUAACCUUUGAAGUCGAGGUCGAUGAGGGCCAUGGACUGGGGCCGGCUGAGAGGAGGGACGUCAUCAGCGCUGCUGUCAAGCUCAACCCUACCGAGCACCGGGGCUGGGGAUGGGCACAAAUGGCCGAGGUCGAGGAGGGAAAGGGAGGAAAGCAGUUUAUGGAGUUGCAGCGCAGUACCAUCUUGGCGGCCUUGAACGCGGCAAGGUGA